ACACAUCAGGGGACUUUAGGAAACUGAUGGUGGUGCUUGCUAAGGGUGAAAGGCAAGAGGAUGGUUCAGUGGUGAAUUAUGAGAAGAUUGACUAGGAUGCCAGGGAACUAUACGAGGCCGGAGUGAAGAGAAAAGGAACAGAUGUAAGCAGGUGGAUUACAAUCAUGACCGAAAGAAGAAUUUGUCAUCUUCAGAAAGUGUUUGAGAGGUACAAGAGCUACAGCCCAUAUGAAAUGCAGGAGAGCAUAAAGAUCCGGGCCAAAAUCUUGAUCUGGAAUAUGGUGUCCCGCUGUGAGGUAGACCUGCUUAAUAUCAAGGCAGAAUUCAAGAGGAAAUAUAACAAAUCUUUGUCCUACUUCCUUUCACAAGACACAAAAGGAGACUAUCAACGUGCCCUGCUAAACCUAUGUGCUGGAGAUGACUGAGCUACAUGUUAUUCCUGCUCCCCCCCCCC